GACAGACAGGCAGGCAGACAGACAGACAGACAGGGAGGAAAAAAGAGAGAGAUGUGGUAGAGAGAUUUAGGGGCGUGUCAUAGUGCUGUGUUUUCCGAGCAACAGUGAAUGUGUCUUAGUCUCUGGUGUAACGUGAGCGGAGGAGAGGCUCGUGCUGCUGAUGCUCUGCGCCCCUCCUCCUCUUCCUCCUCCUCCUCCUCCUCCCUGCUCUUCAUCUCUGCUGUUCUCCGUCUUCAUGCAGACCAGGCCGCGCGGACAGACGGAACACGGACUAACACACCCAGAGCCGGAUUACAGUCAGACCAGCACCGGUCCGGACUCCUUUAGUGAACAUCAGCGGGUAAAUACAGCGUGUAUGCGGCAGUAAUCCCCAGCUGAGGCCGGUGGGCAUGGUUUUGGAGGGCAGCUCAGAGGCGCUGUGUCCCCCCCCAUCUCUGGAGCUGAGGCCAUCCUGCAACAAGAGCCAGCCCUCCCCUCCCCUGGGCUCCAGCUCUCAGCCCCACGACGGAGUCUUCCUCGACGACAAGGAGCCCGUCAAGUACGGGGAGCUCAUCGUCUUAGGACACAAUGGAUCUCUGGCCAAUGGAGACAAAGGUCGCAGAAGAAGUCGCCUGGCUCUCUAUAAAAGACCCAAAGCAAAUGGAGUCAAACCAGAUGUUAUCCAUAACGUGUCCACCCCCCUGGUGUCAAAGGCACUCAGCAACAAAAGCCAGCACAGCAUCUCAUAUACUUUGUCACGAAGUCACUCUGUCAUCGUGGAGUACACACACGAUACCAACACAGACAUGUUCCAGAUUGGGCGCUCCACAGAGAGUAUGAUUGACUUUGUUGUCACUGAUACGACAGGUAGCAGUGGACAGGGUGGGGGGGCAGCAGGUGAGGGAGGGGGUGGAGGUCAGUCGGCUCAAAGCACCAUCUCUCGCUACGCCUGUCGCAUUAUGUGUGAGCGCAGCGCCCCCUACACUGCCCGGAUCUACGCAGCUGGCUUUGACUCCUCCAAGAACAUCUUCCUGGGGGAACGUGCAGCUAAAUGGCGGACGUCUGAUGGGCUGAUGGACGGUCUGACGACAAACGGCGUGCUGGUGAUGCACCCGGCAGGGGAGUUUGUUUGUGAGCCAGCUCCGGGUGUGUGGAGGGAAAUCUCUGUAUGUGGAAACGUGUUCGCUCUGAGGGAGACUCGCUCAGCCCAGCAGAGAGGGAAACUGGUGGACAACGAGUCAAACACCCUCCAGGACGGGUCUCUGAUAGAUCUAUGCGGGGCCACAUUGUUGUGGCGGACCCCUGCCGGACUGCGUCACACCCCCACCCUGAAGCAGCUGGAGUCCCUGCGCCAGGAAUUGAACGCAGCGCGACCGCAGUGUCCAGUGGGCUUCAACACGCUGGCGUUCCCGAGCCUCGCUCAACGGGAGAUUGUGGACAAGAAGCAACCGUGGGUGUACAUGAACUGCGGUCAUGUGCACGGAUAUCACAACUGGGGCUACAGGAAGGAGAAGGGCCCCGCUGGUCCAGGGGGCACUGCCCCCCCAAGCACCGGAGAGAGGGAGUGUCCCAUGUGCCGCCGCGUGGGCCCGUAUGUGCCACUCUGGCUGGGCUGCGAGGGGGGGCUGUACCUGGACGCUGGGCCCCCCACCCAUGCUUUCUGCCCGUGCGGCCAUGUUUGCUCAGAGAAGACUGUGGGGGGGUGGAGCCAGAUCCCGUUACCCCAUGGCACUCAUGCCUUCCACGCCGCCUGCCCCUUCUGCGGCACCUGGCUGACAGGUGAGCAGGGCCACAUCAAACUCAUCUUCCAGGGGCCUGUGGACUGAAGCUGGGGGCCCUGUGUGUGUGUGUGUGUGUGUGUGUGUGUGUGUGUGUGUGUGUGUGUGUGUGUGUGUUGGGAGGGGGGGUAAUAGACUUCAGAAGAACUGAUGAACAGACUGACACGAGGAGCUAAACGCCGAAUCAAACGUCUGUACGUGGAAACGUGUAAAUAAAAUGUGUUGUCAUGGAAACGUG